GUUGCUAUUUUGGCCGAGGGUUCCAGUAGUUCAUGUGAGAUAAGAAAUGCCAAUCAACCGGAUAGUCGAGUACCUGAUGACAUGCAAUCCAUGAGUGGUUGGGGCAAUAGAGGAAGGCUGCCAGGUAUCUUUUUGAUAUUAAAUCCGUUGGCGUCUUUGGAACAACGUUUUUGUAGCAUGCGGCAGAAAGCGGCAUCGUAUCUGGCGAGGCACAUCGCUAAUGGAUACUCUGAAGUUCCGAAUGGUUACAUUUUUGCAUGGUAG